AGUGCGACGCUUUAAUUGUUGUACUUUGAUGAUUACACAUCCACAAGCACUUUCUGUUUGAUCGUUUUUGGUCGCAUAAACGUUGACGUUGAUUUUAACAACUUUGAUUUUCGUUUUUAGACAGCGAGUCUCAUAUUCCUUCUUCUACUCUUUCGCUUGCUUGUAUGCAAUACUCCGCACCUGCUUGUUGAGCUAACAUUUUCAGUUCCCUUUACAACUAGGAUUCUCUAUUCCAAUUUUCAGUUACCUUAUCCUAUCUUGUUAAGGAUGUCGUCACUGCGUUCCAAAAUGUCUUUGCUGCGUUUAGUCUCUGUGCUAAACUUUACCGCGGCCAGUGUCUUCGUCGCUGCUGCUCCUCCUUGUACUCAACCAUGCGAGGACCAGUUCGUAAAGUGUGUGACGGUGGAUAAUUUCAGCUACACUUUCUGCAGUGGCGAGAUCACUGGGGGGAACCCGAACAACCCUAUGGGCCGUGCCGGUUGCGUCGCCACCUGCACAUUCACUGCGACGAUGCUCAGUCACCAAGGGUCUAGCGGCAGUGGAGGAGGUUCUGGUGGAGGUUCGUCCUGUACUGCUGGCCCUGUGGUGUCCGCCGGCGGCACCAAAGUCGCUGCGACCACACAGUGCUACGUCAUCGGGGGCCGCAAUGUGCAGGUGUCGGUGCCAAGCGGAAGUUCGGGAACCACAGCCUUUCCGUUGCUGUUCUUGUUUCACGGCAAUGGUGGAACCGGAAACGGCAUGAUUCGCAUCUUCACCUAAGGCUGAAUAUAGCUCAUUUCUACGUGUCACUCUUCUCUGUUUCUUUCCUAGGAGACCGAAAGUAGAUGAACCUAAGAAAGGAAUUCUUUUGAGUUCUAAUUCACAAGCGCAGCGACGCAGGGUGCUACCAAGAUCAACAACGCUUACAUUUUGGUUGCCCCAGAUGGGGAGUCCAAAUCUUGGAACAUCGUUGCGGAAGCUUCGAACCAAGACGAUGUUGCCUUUGUUAAGGCUCAGCGUUCAAUGGUCAUUGGGGUUGGUCACUGAGAUCGAAGAAGCGACUUCCCCUUGAGAGGAGAACAGGGGAAAAGGAAGGGAAAGGGGAGAGCUUUGAAGGGGGUCGCUUCCGUUCAGCAUGAGUGACCAUUGAAUGCUGCGCUUUAAUUUUGUGACGCAAACUCUGCUGAACUAUUUCUCGACCACGUUCUCCAACGCCAAUGCUGCUCAUGCUGAGAUGCUUGGGCUGUCGAACGGUGCGGCUCUGAUCAACCGCAUUCUAAUCGAGAGCAACGAGCCUCGCAUUCUUGGCGCAGUCACUGGGGUGUCGCAACUCAAUACGCAUCAGUAUAAAAACGGGAACUUCUAUCUCGGAGGAUCUCCGAACACGUACACCACUGUCCAACCGAACUUGUACAAGAGGAGACUGAUGCAGAUAACGGGCGCCCAAGAUGUGGUGAUCCCAGCGGGUGGAGGCCAGAGUACGAUCCCAGCGGGAAGCAAUGGCGAGAAAUUACAGAUUUAAGGGUUCGUCCCGCAUUGCAUUCUGUAGUACCUGCAUCCUUAAUGAAGACUUUUGUUCAAAAGAAAAUCCGCCAGGGAUGUUCUGAAGAAUGCAAUGCGGAAGCCUCCAACAGAUGCUCACGUGGGAAGAGUCGCUUUUCCGAUAUGCUGUCGCAUACGGCUACACGGGGACGCAGAAAAGUGCCAGCGUCACCUCCGGGACCAACAGUUACAAGUUAAGGCCUUAGUUUAUCACUAUCUUCCUCGUGGACUAUAUCUGCUGAGUGAGUGGAGUCCCCUCCUCUCUUUGAUUUCUCAAAGCGAAAAGAAACUAAGGGGAGCAAGGGAGGCCUCACUUAGCCAGGUAUAGUGAAAAACUACCUCUAAACAAGUCAACGAGCUACACUACAGAUGGUGUGACAGUUCACGGCUACAAUUACGACAGUAAAGGGCAUGCAAACGCUGUUGAUUUGAACGAUGCUGUCCAAGCGGAUUUUCUUGCAGAGUUUCUAUUGGCAACAACGACUACGCGUGGUGUGACAGCUUCUCCUUCGAGUGGUGCGCCAUCUCAGAACACGCAAUCCGCUGGAUACGCUUCCAGUGCGUUUGGAAAAGGGCAAUCGAUGACCGCUUUCGGUCGGCUUUGCACUCUCGUCGCAGGGGGUUGGGCCGUUGUGUUUUUUUCGCUGAGGUUAUGAAUUGCUUGUCGGUAGGCUAGUACCACCUACGUAGUGCUACUUGAGACGCCGUGAUGCUGAUGAUCAAUCUAUCGCACUCUAUAGUAUGUUGAAGAAAAGAAGGCUCACUCUUAGUGGUGUAACCACUUGAUGUCAUGGGAUGUAUUCGCGCAAAUCUAGAUAGUGAGAAGACGAAGAGGUGGAUGAUGAAUACCACAUCGAACAAGACGCUACAUUAAAAAAUGAUUACUUACACUUGUGGACUUUUUUGCAUGCUCUUUUGCACGACAUAUAUUCGAUUAAAUACCCU